GCUGCCCGUCUGUCUCCUCCUCUUCCACCACCAUCCCACUCCAUUGCACAAGAGCUACCUGGGAUUGUGAACUGUUUUCUCUCCGCCUGUCAGCUUACACAUUGUCGUCUGCAAUCUUAAUCCCAAUAUACUCCAAGCAGCUUUUAACAAGGCAAAAAUGGCGGCUGCUCAGGUCAUCUCGAAUUCUGGGCAUGAUGAUAUGAUUCACGAUGCCGGUCUGGAUUAUUACGGUCGAAGAUUGGCCACAUGCUCGUCGGAUAAGACAAUAAAGAUAUUCGAAAUCGAAGGCGAGACGCAUCGAUUGAUUGAAACUCUUAAAGGACACGAAGGUGCUGUGUGGUGUGUCGCAUGGGCCCAUCCCAAAUUCGGCACAAUCCUUGCCUCUUCUUCGUACGACGGAAAGGUGCUCAUCUGGCGCGAGCAGCAUCAAAACUCGACAUCUCCUGUCGCUGGCAGCUCCUGGACCAAAGUUUUUGAUUUCUCUCUUCAUACUGCGUCGGUGAACAUGGUCUCCUGGGCUCCCCACGAGAGCGGAUGCCUGCUUGCGUGCGCUUCCUCGGAUGGCCACGUCAGUGUUUUGGAGUUCCGUGAUAACAGCUGGACUCACCAGAUUUUCCACGCCCAUGGCAUGGGUGUGAAUUCUAUCAGCUGGGCCCCUGCGACAUCUCCUGGCAGCCUCAUCAGCUCCAACCCUGGACCUGGCCAGCAGCGGAGGUUUGUUACCGGCGGUAGUGAUAAUUUGCUCAAAAUUUGGGACUACAGUCCGGAAACCAAGAGUUAUAACUUGACCCAGACUUUGGAGGGUCACUCCGACUGGGUCCGAGACGUCGCUUGGUCACCCAGCAUACUGUCCAAAUCCUACAUCGCAUCCGCUUCGCAAGACAAGACCGUUCGAAUCUGGACUUCUGAUGCGUCAAACCCGGGCCAGUGGACCAGUCAGCAACUUGAGUUUGACACCGUCCUCUGGAGGGUCAGCUGGAGCCCCAGCGGAAAUAUCCUCGCUGUAGGGGGAGGCGACAACAAGGUCAGCUUGUGGAAAGAAAACCUCAAGGGACAAUGGGAGAAGGUAAAGGACAUUGAGGAAUAGACUUUUUUCCCGCUCCCCUUUUCUUUUGUUCCUUUUCUUUAUUUCUCGAACUUGCUAUGUAUCUUCAAAACAGAAAUCCUCUCCGCAUGUUCUCCAAAAGUCUAUGUUCAUCAUAUGAAUGGGCAGAAAAGGCUCAUGUGUCGUAUUUCAGAGCAAGUCGUGUUGUGUUCCUUACGAAAGAGGCUCCCACGACCACGGAUGAAAGAGAAAACGGGCGUAGGGGGUCGAGAUGGCGCCAUGUCGGUAACCGGGCUAGCAAGUUCGUCGCUCUGGGGUUGGAAAUCGCCACAUUUUAGUCAUGGUCGCACGAUUAGUUAAUGGGGAGACACAGUUCUAUUAUCAUUAUCGGCUGGCCGUCAAAGC